AUGUUUGGAGGCACAAUGAUCAAAGGAAAUCAACCAACAACAACAGUAGGUUUAACAUCACAUAUAACAACAAAACUUGCUGAAAAUCUUCACAUUGAUGAAACAGCAACAGGUGAUGGAGAUUGGGCUGAUGAUAAAGAAACAACUGGUGGAAGUAGUGGAGCUGGUGAUGGGAGUGUAGUAGCAAGUAAAUCUUAUGGAUGGAAAAUCAUCGUAUGA